UGGCGCUGCGGCCGGCGGCAGCAGCAGAAGAAGCGGGGACCGGCGAAGAGCCCGCCAUCGCAGCCGGCUCGACCCCAAAGCACGAUGGGCUGGAUAAUAUGCAACAAAAGAAGAAAAUUGUUAAAGGAAAUAAAAAAAGGACACAAGAGGGAAAAAAGCCAUGUCCUCCUGCUGAUUCAGUAGAUUCUUUGAUGGCAGAAAUGCCAUUUGCCGACACAGAUAUUGAAGAUGAACUUGCUAUGCAUACAGCCUCUGAAAAAAACAUGGAAAAGAAAAGAAAGAGGACUAUUGGAAAGGAAGUUCCAGAAGGCAGUGAGAGAAAGAAGAAAAAGAAAAAACAGUACCAGCCAAAUUAUUUCAUUUCUCUUCCAAUUACUAAUCCAGAGAUUGCUGACAACAUUCGGGCUCUCCAAGAUGCAAUAAUACAGAAGGAUGAUAGGCUUUCCAAAGCAAUGGUUCACUGUGGUUCGUUGCAUGUCACAAUGUUAGUGAUGCAUUUAUCCAGCAAAGAAGAAAUUAGCAUAGCAGUUGGUGCUCUUUCUGACAGCAAGGAUUUUGUAGAAGAUCUCCUAAAAGGAAAAACGGUGGAUUUGUCUUUUCAAGGAAUCGAUCACUUCAAAAAUGAAGUUGGGUUUGUGCAGCUGGCAGAAAAUGAUCAUAGAGCUGUACUUUCGGAAAUAGCAGAGACUAUGAGGAAGAUAUUUCAAGAAAAGGGCAUCUUGGCAGGAGAAGAAAGAGCUUUUAAGCCCCAUCUGACCUUUAUGAAGUUGUCAAAAUCAACACAGCUACGUAAGCAGGUGAAAAAAAUUGACUCAAGCCUUUAUGAAGAUUAUAAAAGCCAUUAUUUUGGAAAUGAAAUCCUGCAUCGCUUCGAUCUUUGCUCUAUGUUGAAAAAAAAGCAACCCAAUGGCUAUUACUACUGUGAGUCCUCUGUUUUUCUUGGAAAGAGCCAUGAAGCAGACUUUGUAAAGGAAGCUUUGCACAGAGAAACACAGGCCCUGUUAUCCGGGCUGAGUCAAAUAAAGGAGCUGUUAUCCACGCCUGAGGUCCGCAUGAAAAUGAGAAAAGAACUGUUUGAAGAUGGGCACAACCCUAACAAUAAAUGGAAAAGUUAUAUCAACUCUGGAUCUCCAAAUGAAUGAUUGUAAAUUGCUGUAGUAGAAGACCCUCAUCAGGUUGUUUGAAGAUGAAAAGUAUUUCAAGAAAUUUUCCUUUCUCUUUUCAUCUUUUUUUUUACUGAAAAUACGAAUGGGUGUCAAUGUCUCCUGCAGAAUAAUGCUGAAGUACUUGCACAGAAGGAUUGUAGUUCAUCAUUAAAUACAGCCGCUCCUCAGCACUGCUUUGAAACACACUUGAAUAUGCAGGUAUACAUCGUGGUUCCAAAGUGGAAAACUACUGAUUUCAAGUAAAUCUGAACAAACACUGUGCCCUUCCUUUAUCAUUGCAGAUACUUCAGACUUUUCUCAUGGAUUUUUUUCUCUAGCAAUGAUAUAUGGAUAUUUAAAAAAAUGGAUGCUUUUAAAUACUUUAAAAUGUGUAUUUGGAAAAAGGUCUUUUAAUUCUCUGCCUUUUAUAUGUGUACCAGCGUUUUGGGUUAGCACUGUCUAUUUUUAAUUGUUUUUUUAAAAAACAGCACUUGAAUAUGUGUGUAGAUGCUGAUAUGCUGUUUCUGCAGAUGUUUACACUACCACAAGAAUGUUUCAAAUUUCAGAAUAAAAUUCAGGCUCCGCUAAUGUCAAUGGCAAACAUUACUGGCUUUAAUGUAGUCAGGAUGCUGCAAUUAAGAUCUUCUGAAAAUAAUAAUAUUCCUUGAUGGUAUUUGCCUUUUCUUUUUUUUUUUUUUUUAGAACAGUGUUUUAUGCAUUCGGGUUGUGAUGUUUCUUCUAUCUCUGCCUUCUGCUGCCUGGGGUUGUGUGUCAGUUUACUCUUACUGUUCCUCCCAUAUACCCGCAAGAUUCAGAAAGGCUUUGGAUGUACAAUGCAGGAGUAGGUCCAAUAUUUGCAUUUUCUAUGAACGUUGUUUAAAAUUGCCUCUGGUGAUAAAAGCUAUUUCAUACAUGUUGCGGUUGGUAUCAAUUUUGUGCUGUUAAAACAGCUGUGUGCAUAUUCUUCAUUGAUAUCAAGCACUGAUCAUUUAUCUCAUGUUUCAUGGCUUACAUUCUUUUCCCUCACUGAGUAUAUAACAGUGUAUUCUGAAAUGUCAUACAUUUCUCAAACCACGCUCGCAAUAAAGUAUUUCUUCCUUUGCA